AUGGACGAGUACGCGUUAAAACCGAUUGACAAUGAUGCAGAUAAAGCUGAGGAGUACUCAAAGUUAUGUAUUCCUCCAAAUCAACCACAAUGUAUUCGUGUUCAAAUAACACUACCAAGCAAUAAUAUUUUAUCGACUAAUUUCGCAUUAUGGGAUACAAUUUUGGACGUAAAACAUUAUAUUUUACCAGAAAUACAACCUAAAAUUAAAAAUAUACAACAAAUAAAAUGUGUUGUGUACAAUACACAUCAACUAUUUGAAGUAAGCAAUCAUACAUUACUAAAACAUUAUUGGAACAAGUUUCCGUUAAAUAUAUUAGUUAGUAUUGAAAACCAUGAAGAUAUUAAAGAAACGCCUAAUAUACAAAAUAACACAACACAUCACGUGGUUCAUCCUGAAUAUGGAAAUAUACUUGAUACCAAUUUGAUAAUGCCUAGAAGAACUUUAGGAUAUAGAAAUAAGAAAAAUGGCAUUCUUUACAAAAAUGCAACAAUACAAACAGUACCUGAAAAUACUAAUAAUCAAAGCAUUGGGAAUAAAAUUUCAUUGGCAAUUCAAACAACCGAAAAGCAAGAUACCAGUACUGACAGAGUUAUUGAUUUUGGUACUCAAACUGAAACCAUAAAUGUUCUUCGACGUUUAAAUGUGCUAAAAGAACUAAGUAAUCAUCUUAAAAUUAAUUUACUAAUCUGACAAGUACACAUUUUAUUUUUUUUUGUCUGUCAAUAGCAACUCGCCAAAAUACUAUUCUCGAGGAAAAUUUUGGUAAAUACGCUCGAGUAAUACAAAAGUUUGUGCGAAGUUGGAUGACCAGAAAAAAAUUUGAGCGAAUGUUACAAUACUAUAAUCAUCUAAAACAAUUAACAUUAGACGAGGAGAAAACCAUGAAAACUUUAAUCUGUACUAGGCAGAAACAAGCCUUAAUAAAUUUGCAGUAUCCUAUAAAACCCAAAGAUUUUGAAGCUCUAUAUUCUGAAAUUAACAUCCAUUAUAAAAAUAAAAAAAAUCACCAAAUAAAUAAAUCCCCAAAAUCUAUACAAACUGAAAAUAAAAUCAAUUUGAAAGAGAAAAUGAAGUGCUUAAGAGAAAUAAUCAAACAUAGGAACCAACUGAAUAAGAGAGCAGCAGAGAAGAAACAAUUUAAAGAACUAAAUGAAAUUUCUCAACCAAUUACCAUGACAAGAAAAAAUGGAAAAACAAUUUCCAUUGAAACCCCAGAAACACGUAAAGCCCAACAAUUUAUGGAACUUUAUAUUACUCUGAAAAACAAUGAUUUGAGUAAAAAUGAAAGAAUCGAAUUUAUACAAAAAUUGUUAGAUUUUUUAGGGAGAUUUAAAGAAUUAGAUUUGACAAAAAUCAUUAUUUAUUUGUUAAAUCAAGAAAUAACUAUGUUAGACAUAGUUCACCCAAAAAGUGAACUAAUUAAAAAAUUAAGAAAGCGAAUUGAAGUAGAAUUUCAGAUGAUUAUGAAACAACCAGAAAUCAAUCCAGCAGUAAAAAGAAGAUUAAAGCCUGUAAUUAUUUACAAAUGCUAUAACUGUAGAAAAAUGAAACCACUAAAUAGGUUUGUGGUGAGUUUGGAUUUAACAAAAAUACCUAUAUGUGUAGACUGUAAGCAUUUGUAUCGUAUUGCAAUAGAACAAAUAAAUUUAGGUCCUUACAUUGAAAUUCUAAAAGAUAUUAAAGCUACGGAAAUGAAAUUAUUUGCAAAGUCUAUUUUGGUGUUUUCCUUAAAUAAAGAAGAUAUAUAUUACUUAGUGAAAGUUGUAUGGAUGGCAAAAUCGGCUGUAAGUGAAAUCACGGACCUGACACGACUAACAAUGGUAAGAUGGUGCAAUAAUCGAGACUGGUCUCCAUCAAACACAAUUUUGUUGACAAUGGAAGAAGCCUCUGUUCAUACCAAGAUUGACGACGUCAACAAAGUUUAUACAUCAACAUUUAUUGAUCGCAUAAAUCUUAAACACAUGCAAGCAAAAAGAUAUUUUAAUAAUUUAACACAAAAUUUGUCAAAAAUAAUUAUACGUAAAUCAUAA